AGGAUACUCAGAAGGAAGAGGAAGCGGCGCAAGAAAGGGAAAAGGCGGACACAUCAGAUCAGCAUCAGGAGUCAAAGCAGUAUGCCUUACCCUUGCUUCAGACGGAUCUCUAUCUUUGUCUCCUUCAUGUAUUUGUCUUUCUUGUUCUUGAUUCCAUCGGUCUAUGCUCUCUAUGAAGAGGAUGCUGGAAAGUUUGACUGGCAUAAGUCAUUAUUGGGCCCCGUGUGCCACGCACGGUUCGAGGGCAAUUUUCUCCUACUCGCCUCAUCCUACGGAGCAGUGGCUGUGGCCUCCGCUAGCAAUUCGGACGGCUCUUUGCUCUGGCGACAAGUCAUCCCGCUCGCCGCCCCAGUCGCUCUUCCUGUGCGAGACGGAGGAACAAUGGACAAAGACGAAAAGCCAGCAGUGAAGGUCCUUGAACUUGUCCUGCAUCCGCAGAAGCGCUUGGUCAUGGCCUUGACUCGCGACCCGAGUACCGCUGCCCUAGGCGUGUGGGCGUGGCGCCUGUUUGAUGGAAACCUAAUGUGGCAUGUCACCGUCCCCGCUUCCGGUGUACCGCUCGGGAAAAGGGUUAAAGCGAAGGAGGGUGGCUUUCUCGCCCUCUUCCCUGAUACGGUUGGCGCGGUCGAUGGAGAGACCGGCGAGAUUUACUUCCUGUCAGCUGUUGAUGGGACGCGCAUUUGGAAGGCUCCUGCCAUCGAGCUUAUGGCUGUUACCGGGGUUGUACCGGUGGACGGGGGCACCGAGAAAGGCGUUGUGGUGGUGGGCGAGGGUAGCGAUGGGAAAGCCCAGGCGUUCUUGGUCCGCCUCGGGGGGGAGAAGGCAGAGAAGAUAAAAAGUGUGAGCUUCUCGGAUGGUGGCUUGAUAUCGCAUGGUACUCCCUCGCUUCAUGCUUUUGCUCGCCCUGCACCCGCACGGAGCCUCGCGCUCCUCCUCCUUUCCCCAUCUUCCUCCUCCUCCCUCUCCGCUGCUGACAUGCAGCUCGUCAAUCCCUCCGGCGCCAAAGCGACCCCGCACGGCGUCCUCUCCUCCCCCAUUCCCUCCUCCCACCCCUCAUCCCUCAGCGCCUCCUGCCUUGUCCUCUCGGACUCCGGAGCUGUCGUUGAGAUCACCCUCACGCAGGGGAAGUUUAUGCAGCGCCUGGUCGCCCCCCCGUCCUCCCCCUCUCUCCCCCUCGCUUUCCGCGCGGGCCCGUACGUCCUGCGGGGGGAAGAGAAUCAGGGACCAGGAGUGGAAGUAUUUCGGGUCGUGGACGGGCAGUCAGUGGGGAGGGUGCGGGGCAGACGGUCCUUACGGGGCCUCUGGGCCGGUAUAAGAGGCGGCUGGAGGGAGGAAGAGAAGGAGGGGAGGGAGAGCGAUCUGCUGGUGUUGACGGUCGACAAGGCAGAGACCUUGGUGCUCCAGACCAUGGAUGACCGUUUAGUCUGGCUCCGGGAAGAGUGUCUUGCAGACGUCGCACAGGUCUUGAUCGUCGACCAUCGACCCCCGGCGGAGGGAGAGAAAAGGAGCGGGACAGAGGACGUCACCGAGGCACUGGCAACCUCGCCCCUAUUCGAAAAACUGCUGAGCGUCGUGCUCCCGCCCUCCCCUUCGUCUUCCUCUGUCCGAGACCCGCACUUUGGGCUGACCAAGAUCCUCCUCUUCCUCUGCGCACCUUCCUCCCGGCUCAUCGCCCUCCUUUCCUCCCACGGCGGCACCAUCCUCUGGACGCGCGACCUCUCCUCGGUCGAAGGAAGGGAAGGAGCGCGGUGGAGGAUGGUGCAGCAAGGAGACGAGGUGCUUCUGGUGGGCGAAGGAGGAGAAGGGCUGGCGAUUUGGUCAUGAGAUAGCCUCACUUCCCACCUUGGGACUGACCCCCCCAGCCCCCUCCUCCUCCCUCCUCCUCUUCCCCAUCGCGAGCUCCUCCUCCUCCUCCUCCUCUCCUCCUCGUCUGCUUCUCGUGGACACCCGCAACGCCACCGGUCAUCGGGCUCGAUUCCUCGACGGGUCUUCCUGUGCCCAAGGCGCCUUGGGCGGGAGGGAGGCUGGGACCGAAGAGAGUCUUGGGGAUCGCCCUAUCUUCUAUCACACCCUCUCAACCCCUUCCUCGGGUGGCGCCUCCCUCCAGACCUACCGCCUUUUCAAGCCCUCUUCUGCGCCUUCUUCCCCUAACUGGCCCUUUCAGUCUGCUGUUGUCGGCGCUUCCUCCCUCCCCAGUCCGAGCGAGCUCGUGGUCAGCACUGCCUACCCGGAUGUUCGUGAGACCAUGACGGCUCCCUCCUCUCACCCAUUGGGGGACGGUGCGCUCCUGCUCAAGUAUUUGAAUCCUUACCUGGUGGCCCUCGCCAGCACCGCCUCUCUCCCUCCAUCCCCUCCUCCUGCCUCCCUCAAUGUGACCAGAGACGAGGGCAGCCAAGAGGGAAGGAGGCAGGGAGGGGACGAGGGCGGGAAGGAAGUCUCGACCCUCUAUGUUACCUUGAUGGACACUGUGUCGGGGAGGGUGCUCUAUCGUGUGUCACAUUUUCACGUCCAAGGGCCGGUGCGGAUGCGGCUGGUGGAAAAUUGGCUAAUCUACUCCUAUUGGAAUUGCAAGGCGCAGCGUACUGAAAUCGGCUCGAUCACCCUGUAUGACGGCUUCAUUGACAGGAAAGGCCUCGGACUGUUCACCUCUCCCGAGUUCAAAGAACGAACCUCUUCUUUCGACGGCGACGCUUCUCCAGUCGCCCUCCAACAGACCUUCCUCUUCCCUCAUCCCAUCCUGACGCUGGGCAGCACCCUAACGGCCCGCGGGAUCACCACCAAAGCAUUGCUGGUCGGUUUCGAACCUGGACAGAUUCUCCUUCUUGACCGUCGCCUCCUGGACCCUCGUCGUCCCACUGCCCUUCCGCUUUCCAAAACAGAGAAGGCGGAGGGUCUCUUACCCUACGCCCCGCAUCUCCCUGUCCUCCCUCCUCAUGUCGUGACGUACAACCAUACACUCCACGGCCUACAUUCCCUAUACACCGCCCCUUCCUCCUUAGAAUCCACCACGCUUCUUCUCGGCGUGGGGGACCUGGAUUUGUACUUCACGCGUCUCUAUCCCAGUCACAAGCCCUUUGACUUAUUGCCGGACACCUUCAACCACGUAUUGGUUUCCUUGGUUUUGCUUAUUUCCGUGGUAGGGGUCGGAUUUUUGGGGAAAGCGGCCCAGGCGAAAGCUCUGCGAGAAGCAUGGGCUUGAGGGAGUAUGGCUGCACGAUGGCUAUUGUCCAGCUUUGCUGUAUGUCGGUAAAAUUAAAC